AUGGCUUCUAUUAUUGUUGAGAUUAUAUGGUUACGAUGGUUUCUUGUUGAUAUGGGAGUUUCCUUUUCUGAGCCAACUCCCAUGUAUUAUGAUAAUACCAAUGUUAUUCAGAUCACUCGCAAUCCAGUAUCUUAUGAGCAGACAAAUCAUGUCAAGAUUGAUUGUCAUUUGACUUGUCAUUACUUCCAGAGUGCCUAUAUUCCAUUGCAGUUUGAAAAUUGGAUUGAGUUUGAAACAAAUCCUCUCUAUGCUCUGUUGCAUGAAUCUAUAUAUUGCCAGGGUGCUUCAUCACUGUGGUCUGCUCACAAAGUAAGAGGCGAAUAUGAGAGCAUAUUCGACGCCAUCAGCGCUGCCAAAGAAGCUCGCCCGGUAUUUUUCACAGGAGAGAUGGUGUUCCCAUGGAUGUUUGACGAAUUCAAUGCUUUAAGACCCUUCAAAGAAGCUGCUCACUUAUUAGCCGAAAAAGACGAUUGGCCGCCGCUAUACGAUGUCAAAGUGCUCAAUAACAAUCAAGUUCCUGUUGCUGCUGCAGUGUAUUUUGAAGACAUGUAUGUGAACUUUCAUCUUGCCAUGGAAACAUCAUCAGAGAUUGGUGGGAUCAGACUGUGGGUAACUAAUGAAUACAUGCACACAGGGCUUCGUGAUAGUGGGUCCCAGGUUUUGGAUCAAUUGAUGGGGAUGUUGCAGGGGAAGAAGCCCUGGUUUUAGUAUGAGAUGAUUUGAAUCUUGUUGAUGUUUCUGAUGGGGUUUUAAUGAGUACAAUAUGAUGCAUAAUAUCCCAUGAAAAUAAUCCUGAAGUAACGCAGAAUGACUUUAUUAAACUUGAGCUUAGACUUUGUUAUGUGAUAUGGUGAGUUGGAAAGGACUUGUUUUUUAAGUGGUUGUCAUAUUGAAGAGAAGAUUUUAUUGUUAUCAUGCACAAAUAUUUUU